AUCUAACCGUCCAACGAGCCGAGCUACCCUCAUGGGGUUAUGAAAACCCAUUUCCGUAAUACUGUAUGAUUUUGGACUGUCCAAAUUCGGGCAUAGGGAUAUCAGCUGCUCGCUCUGAUCUCCAUUUGCCCUAUUAAUUUGGAGUAUCCAAAAGACUGGUCUGUUCGUUUGGAAAAUUGACUGCUUUUUUUUUGUCAGUUUGAGAAGUGGAUCCACUAAUGUGUGAUGAGGAGGCAAACAGCCACCGCCUAGGCCGCUUCGAAGCAAGGCCCCGGCUGACCCCGGCCACCCGCCGCCGUGACGACCCAAAUUUUGACGAGGCUGCGAUAUUUGAGCCGGCGUCGGGGGUGAGGCUGGGGAAAGUGGAGUACCCAGGCGUAUCCACCUUCUGCCCCUGUGCAGCUGUGAUGAUGUACCUGGCCCAAUCAAUGGACAAUAGGAUGGCUUCCACCAAACGCUGGACGGAUUGCUGCAUGGGGUGGGUCCCCCCCUACACCCAGAUUUACCUUUCCAUGCUCUUCUACAUCCAGACCAUGAGGGCUAUGCGUUCUGCCGGCCUUUUCUGCCUUUCCACACAGUACUUGGACAAUAUCCUUGACUGCUACCCUCCUCAAAACCUUUGGAUUCCAGGUCCGCUUGUCCAACUCUUCAAGAACCUGGCGUCCUUUAGGCCGUCCAGCGGACAUUUCGGAAACGUGACCCCUGCACUUCCCAAGAGACCAGGAUGGUCGAGGAAAAACAGAUACUGUUUCGAUGCUCCGCACCACACCCACCUCCCCAACAUCUCUCUCUUCAUCUCCCGCUUACGCUCUGAUUGCGCUGUCGCCGCCGCCACAGGCGACACCAAGCAAACGUCGUCGACAUCGUCAUUUAUUAACGACGCCGAUGGCCCUGCUCGCUGCGCGACUCUCUACGGUCGGCCUUGUGACCUUGCCGACCCUGAAGCCCGUAAUAUGCUUUCCCCUGGAGCUCAGUUCGCCCUCGCCGGCAGAUUGAAGUUGUGGAUAAACGCUGCCCGUCAACUUCAAGACAAUGGUAUCCCUCCCGAUUUGGACCUCAAUAAAGACGAGUAAGCCGCCCGCCUUGCCUGAGACCUUCCCAUUCUUAUUAUGUGCCCCUCUAAGACCUCCGAGUUGGUUCCGCCACUAAGGUUGAAGAUACUUGGACAGCUGCAUUAAAGUUAGAUACCUCAGGUGUUUGGUUCUCCCACAUAGCCGCCAUGAUGGGAAAGUACUGCCAAUUUUGGAGGGGCUCCGCCUCGCUAGCUGAUUGCUCUCCCAACUCCUCUGCCACCGGAAGUGUAAAAUGUAUAAUGACAGGUGAGGGUUCAAGCAUCUUUGACUCUGUCAAGUGGGUUUGCUCGGCCGACGCCCUCAACGAUUCCACGCACAUGAAUGCAGGACACUAUCUUCUUCGGACUUAUCGGCAUUUGGUCGUCUCCGCUUCCACUACCGUCGGAGAUAUCACCGAUGAUCACGUGCAUGCUGCUCUCACUUAUUACUUGAACCUGAGCCCUAAUUCCAUUGAAUUUCACGGUCUGACUGCCGGAAAGUUCUGGAAAAUAGUGCCUGAUGUUUUGUCUGGAUCUCACAUCUCAACACUCACCGGAGUGAUUUCAGCGAUCCACCGUCACUACCAUAGAGAGACACCUGAAUAAUGGAACACUUGGCAUGUUAAUUCUCUAUAUAGUAUUCUUCUCAUGAUUGUUAGAGAAUAAUUAGGAUUACAUCAAAUUCAGCUUAUUUGAAUUUUGAAGUAAUCUUAUCAGUUUGUUAAGCUAUCUGUUAGUUAGAGAAUAUGUAGGAUUAGAUAUCUGCAUUUCAAAUUCUAAUAGUUAUCAUUUGUAUUUGAGUGCUUAUAUAAGGAGCACCACUUAUUAAUAAACAUCAAGAAACAUUUUACUCCU